AUGGGCUCCUUCUCCACCAUCACCGUGAGCCUCCUCCUCUUCCUGGUCCUUCAGCUUCCACAAUCAGGCGCCAACCCUGUGUACAAUACCGUGCCCAGCGCAGAUCUGAUGGAGUUCAAGAAUUUACUGGACCAGCUGGAGGAGAAAAUGCCGUUGGAAGAGGAGGCUGCGGCCCCACAAGUCCUCAGCGAGCAGAAUGAAGAAGUGGGGGCCGCGCUCAGCACGCUCCCCGAGGUCCCUCCCUGGACCGGGGAGGUGGGCCCAGUGCAGAGAGACGGGGGUGCUCUUGGGCGGAGCCCCUGGGACUCCUCCGAUCGCUCUGCCCUCCUGAAGAGCAAGCUGAGGGCACUGCUGACGGCCCCGCGGAGCCUGCGGAGAUCCAGCUGCUUCGGAGGCCGGAUCGACAGGAUCGGGGCCCAGAGCGGGCUGGGCUGCAACAACUUCCGGUAUGGUGGGCUGAGGGGCACCCUCCCCAAGUGCGGGCACCCGCUCACCGCGACCUCUGGAACCUCCGGGUCUGCUCAGUGA